AGAAAGCACACAAGGCAAAAAAUAUUUGGACAAAAUACUGACUUGAGUGACCAAUGACAAACACACAAGGCAAAAAUAUUCAGAGAAAUUACUACUGACUUGUGUUAUUCAAUCAAUGGCUACUCUUGCACUAACAUGUUCUUUACCUCUUCAACCACCUUCUGCUUCUCAACAAUCACAGUCCCGCAAAUUGGUUGAUACGAUUGUUUCAACUCCAGCUCAGUAUACCAGUGGCAGUAGUAAUAGCUAUGGAAACUUAAAACCCAUUGUAGUAAAUGGGGACCCGCCCACUUUCGUUUCAGCUCCGGGUCGUCGAAUUGUCGCGGUCGGUGAUUUGCAUGGAGAUCUUGAUAAGGCAAGAGGUGCACUUGAGACGGCUGGUGUGCUGAGUUCUGAUGGUCAAGAUUUUUGGAUUGGCGGUGAGACGGUGUUGAUUCAGCUUGGAGAUAUACUUGACCGAGGUGAAGAUGAGCUUGCAAUUUUAUCAUUGUUGAAGUCACUAGAUAUCCAAGCAAAAGCUCAUGGUGGAGCAGUUUUCCAGGUCAAUGGAAAUCAUGAAACUAUGAAUGUAGAGGGGGACUUCAGAUAUGUUGAUAAUGGGGGACUUGACGAGUGUAUAGACUUUCUGGAUUACUUGGAGGAAUGUGAACACAACUGGGAAGAAGCUUUUGUCAGUUGGUGUGCUGUGUCUGGCAGAUGGAAACAGGAUCGGAAGGUGUCUCAAAAUUAUUGGGCUCCAUGGAAUUUGGUUAAGCGGCAAAAGGGUGUAAUUGCAAGAUCAAUCCUCAUGAGACCCGGAGGUCCAUUGGCAUGUGAGUUGGCACGUCAUGGUGUUGUUCUUAAGGUUGAUGAUUGGCUCUUCUGCCAUGGUGGCCUUCUUCCUCAUCAUGUUGCCUAUGGUUUAGAGAGAUUGAAUAGAGAAGUAUCUCAAUGGAUGAAAGGUCCGAGUGAAGCUGACGAUUCUCCGCAGAUGCCUUUCAUAGCCACCAGGGGCUAUGAUAGUAUCGUGUGGAACCGUUUGUACUCCAGAGAUUCAGAUCUGGAAGACUACCAGAUCGAGCAGAUCCAAUCUCUUCUUGAAGAGACACUGCAAACUGUGGGUGCCAAAGCGAUGGUUGUAGGGCAUACUCCUCAACCUAUGGGGGUGAAUUGCAAAUACAAUUGUAGCAUCUGGCGGAUUGAUGUGGGAAUGUCUAGUGGAGUACUUGGCUCGAGCCCUGAGGUCCUAGAAAUAAGAGAUAAUAAAGCUAGGGCCAUAAGGAGCACAAAGGAUUGGUCCAGUGAACUUCAGGUUGCUGAUUACACGUAGAUUUCAUAGAAACCCCAAGGCUUUUCAUAUAUCUGUCGAAUUUCACCGUUGCCAUGGCUCAGUGCCCGUUUGAACUAGAAUAAAACAAGACGGGGUUUUUAUCUCUCACAAAUGGCCAUAUGAAUUGGUGAAUGAGUGAAUUUAUCCAUUCCAUAAAACAGGGAACUGUGGAUUGAAAGCCGGCUCCUUGUUUUCUAUUUGUAUAAAUUGUGUAUAGUGAUUCAUAGUAUUCAUUAGUACAUAGCAAAGGCAACUUACUGGUAGACUGGUAGUUAACAAUAAAAAUCGUUUGUUACCCGUAUAUUUAACCAAUCUCAUUAAACA